AUGAGCCGCUCCUACUACGACGACGAGGAUGAUCUCGACAUCCAUGUCCGUCACCGUGGGCCGUCUCCGCGACCUGUUCGGUAUGUCCAGAGACCUUCUCGGCCACAGAGCUAUUACGACACCGCCCCUGGUCCUAGCUAUCUAGACCCGGAGCAUCUCGUAACGGUGGCAAGGUCUCGCUCCCGCGAACGCUCCCGAUCUCGCGAUCGUCGCACGAGCAGUCCCCCACCACCGGCCCCCGUCAUAAUCAACAACCGAAUCUACAAUGAGCACUCUUCUGAUGAGGAUGACGAUCGUCGCAUGCAACUGGCAAGUUCUUCUCGUUACCGGCACCGAUCCCGGUCGUGGUCCCGCUCUCGCUCUCAAUCGUCGUCACACAUGACUCGCGAAGAUUGGGAGGCCGAACAGGCUCGCAAAGAUCUUGAAGGCUUGAGACUUUCCAACGCUCGUGAGAAAGACGAGCGUCGUCUCAUUAAGGAGUACCAAGAAGAAGCAGAGCUGCAACGUGCUAAGCGUGAACUGGACGACAUCAAGGGCCGUGAGGCCCGCACCGAGGAAGAGAAGCGUCUCAAGAAGGAGAUGGAGUUGAAGCGACUCAGAGAAGAGGAUGAGGCCAACGAGGAGAAGGAUCGACGUGAAAAGGAGGCCAAGGAUGCUGUGGAACAAUACAAACAGGCCGAGAGGGAUCGCAUCCUCAAAGCGAAGAAAGAGGAGGAAGCAAAGGAGAAGGAGGCCAAGGAGGCAGUCGAGCGCUACAAGCAAGCAGAGAGGGAUCGCAUUCUCAAGGAGAAAGAGGAGAAGGAGGCCACAGACCGAGAAUACCAGCGCCGUCUUGAGGAAGACCUGAGACGAUCCGGACUCGAUGAUAAGGCCGUCGCGGCCAUCCUCAAGAAGGAAAAGGUGAAGAAGGAAACAACAGCACCUGAACCGACACAGGUUCCAAUCAGCCAUAUUGGCCAUGUCGCCCAUACUGGUCAAUAUGGGCACUCUGGCAACACCGGCCAAUAUGGGCCCUCUGGUAGUGGCCAAUAUGGGCCCUCUGGCAACACCGGCCAAUAUGGGCACCCAGGACACUACGGCCAAAUGGCUCCCUAUGUUCCCCCCGCCCAGGUGGUUCCCGUGGCCCAGCACGGGUCUAUAGCUCCAGCUCGGCCCACGUACACUCGCAUGGCUCGCAAACAUCUCUCAAUCGAGACUCUGCGGUCUUAUCAGGUUGACUUUGACUUUGAUGCGGAUCCUGACUACGUCUUGAUCAAGCGUUGGGUUCCUGAGUGGGAGCAGGACCAGUUGUGGAAGCAUACCAAGUACAUUCGUGAGGUUCGUGAGAAGCGUGGCAAGACGCUAUUGAUCGAGGAGAAGAAGCACCCCAACCUUGAACCGGAGUUCGAGUGGGUGCGCAAGAAGCAUGAUCGCAAGAGGAGCAAGUCCCCUUCACUUCUGAUGUAUCUAGCCGGCGCUCGUCAGGCAUAG